AUGACAUCGUCCGCUGACCAUCUUUCGGCCCAGGAGCUGGAGACUCUCUCCACCAAAGCUAUUUCUGCCAAGGACGUUGCGUACUGCCCUUAUUCAAAGUUCCGUGUUGGAGCCUGUGUUUUGACGCAAACAGGCGAGUAUUUUCACGGUGCCAACGUAGAGAACGCUGCCUAUCCUGUUGGGACCUGUGCAGAAAGGGUUGCAUUGGGGACCGCGGUUGUAGCUGGGCAUCGAGACUUCAAAGCAAUUGCUGUUGCAACAGACAUUGAACCAGCAGCAUCACCUUGUGGCAUGUGCAGACAGUUCAUACGUGAAUUUUGCACUUCAUCAUUUCCCAUCUUUAUGUAUGACGGGCAAGGAAAUUUUACUAUGAAAACUAUCGGAGAGCUUCUGCCGGACUCAUUCGGCCCAGACGAUUUGCCUGGAGCCAAGGAGCAAUCUUAG